CGCGCCAUGGACAACUGGGACGCUAUCGAGGACCUUCACCCGACCAUCUUCGCCUACGCUGGCGUGCUCACGCAGUGGCUCGACGGCACCUUGAAGCAGGAUACCUCGGAUAAUCAAGUAGCCUCGGAGCUGUGGGUCGACGCCUUUCGCCUCGACUGGCCCGGCGACCUCGCGACCUUGCCGAUAGCCUACCUCGGUGCGCAGCACUUCCGCUUGAUCCGCUCCAAGGACAUGUACAAGCGCGUGAUGAAAGUCUUGUACAACGGCAAAGAGAUCCAAGGAGGACUGGAAACACACGACGUCGACUUCUACCCGGAUGCGUCCUACGUUCCAUACCGGGACAACUCGGUCCUGGUCGCCCAGAUCAUGGCGGCGCCCAUGGAAAACGUCUGGCUAGACGAGCUUGCGUCGCUGCUCAAGACGCCAAAGGCCCUCGCGACGGCGGCGGCGCUCGGCGGCCACGCGCGUCUUCUCGAGUACCUCGUGCGCGAGAAGAGCAUCAACCUCGCCGAAAUGGU